AUGCUGUUUGAAGAAAGAGGGUGGCUGACCUUACUCAGCCCUGUAAUUAGCAAUUUCACUCAGCUCUAUGACUUCAAUAAAUGCAAGUGCAACUUGCAGUUAGCAGUCUGGACAUCUCAGCAGUCCUGCACUGUGAAGAUCCUCAUGGGAGACUUGUGGAACAAGAUCUAUUACAUUACCAUGCAUGAAAGUCUGACGUUGAAGGCCAUAUUUGUGCCCAAACCAGGCAGAAGGUCCACUCCCUUGGUGACAGCAAGCAACCCCCAUGUGCUGGCUUUCAGUGCAUAUGUAAUAGAAGUAGGAUUUACAUAUGAUGGAAACACCAAAUACCUCUUGCAUAUAGUUCUGGAGCAGCAGUAUUUCUCUGAAUUUGCAGGCGCUGACUUCUGCGAUGGCGUACGUGAUGAAGAGAUGUCUACUGUCACUGCAGACAUCCCUGACAACCCAAUCGGUUGUAUUGAUGUGUUAGGGGAAAAUAAUAGAUUUCAGGAACCUGUCCCUGCUGAAUUUGUUCUGUUUGAAAUAAAUGGAAUGCAUAACUAUGAUUAUCUUUUGACUGCACAUGAUGCCGACUGCAUCUCUCAAGCUCAAAACUGGACUACUUUGCUAGAGGAACAGGAGUCUCCAGAUCCCAAUACUGCAUCGACCAGAAGAAACUACAUGAGCUGUAAGGAUAGGAAUGGACAUGAAUUAGAGUGGCCCUCAGUCAAGUAUCAGGAUCUUGAUGGAGAUAAAAAUAAUAUAAUUUUCCCUCCCUAUAAUGGUCUACAUAUCUAAAGCCAUUUAGUGGAUGUAUUUCACAGUUACUGUGAUUUAUCUGUAACCUUCUCAGUAUACAUCUCUGGUGCUUUUCCCAGGAACUUC